ACACUCCCUGCUCCCAGACCUUUCCCUCUCAUACAAACCACUCUCGCUCUAUACUAUAUCGUUAAUCGUUUUGCAUUUUUAACAUGUCUUGCAUCCAUUCGGUCUGUCAUUAUUUGCCUCGUCUCUCGCUUCGAUAAUCCGCUUGUUACAUUACCGACCUGAAACGAACUCUCGAAACGAUCCCUUUUUGAGCCCCGUCCUGCGCAUCGAUCGUCCUCUUGUCGAUUUAAAGGGUAUUUCUAGUUGUGAGGUCGAUUGUCAGAGGAAGAGGUGGGAGUCAUAUAUCAGGAUAUCACCUGUGUCCCGAACAGCCCCCCUCAAGGCCCUGUCGAGCAACGGCGUCGACAGGGACGGGAGAGCCUCCUCGAGAUGGCGAACCGCUACUCUUCAUACUCGAACAACUCGUCCCAACUUGGUGCUGGUCGGUCGUCAACUCAACAGUCUACACAGGUCUCGACGACUACCUUACUGAAUGCGCUUCACACGACCUACGCUGCUGGUCAGACCUACGAACUCGACUCGAGCACGAGCAUCGCCGUCAACACAUGGCUGACCGCCGCCAACCCAGAUGCUCAAGGGCGGACAGGUGGCGCGGUGGAUGCUGAAAUUGCUUUCAGGGCUUGGGAGCAUGCAAGAAGACGAGCAGAGGAUGCCUGCAUAUUACUUGAAUCACUCCAUCCCUCGACGCCGCCCCUAUUUCAGCCAUUUCUGCGCGUCGUUCCGCUACCGACUCCAAAUCUUGCCUAUACCGCCUUGACGGCCUUGCGACCCUUCCUCUCGUGCGUCACUCCCGCAAACCCUACCACGUACCGACACUCUUCCCUGGCGGCCAAGUACACAGUCACGCUCUCCGGCACCAUCACGGGAUUCUCGCUUGCGCUGUCUGGAUCGGGUAUUGACGUGCAAAAGGGUCUGUUGAAAGUGCCCGUUGAGCCUGGCUAUCGAGCCUUUGACGUCUUCUAUUACCUCCUGACAUCAGCUUCGACGCCAGCUGAGCGGGAAUUUCUCAACCUGCAACAUCCCUCGAACUAUACACUUCUGAACAAGUCUGGAACGUACGACCCUCCAUCUUACCUGCCAGCUGCCGAUGACGCGGCAGCAGCCGAAGACUUUCGGUCUGCAUUGAAGUCAAUUGGCAUCAAAGGUGCAUCAUUUCGUGGACUUCUAUCAUGUCUUGCAGGACUACUCAAGUUGGGUGAGACUACUGGAUUCCUGAUUGAUUCGGAUAUGCUUGAGGACAUCUGUGAAGAUGUUGGAGCCCUCAUUGGACUCGAGCCAGAAGUUCUCUCCAACAGGUGCAGUGGCGACGACCGUGAAGUUCUAAUAGCCGGAAUGUACGAAGCCCUGGUGGACUGGGUCGUUUCAAAAGCGAACGAUGCUAUUGCUGCGGAGUUGCGUGCUGGGGCGCUCACCCCCGAUUCCAGCACACAGAACGGCGAUGAAGUCAGCCUCACCAUCAUUGAAAUCCCUGGUGAAAGCUUAGGCAAAGCGGUGGCACUACGCAAUGUUUUUGACGACACCCUUGGCAUUAACGCCGAAAUGAAGGAGGACGGCGUGGAGGUCGCUCCAGCUGGCCACUCAGUCCUGAAGGAAAUGCAUCUGGCGGUGUCAGAAGCCGAGGCAGACUUGGGCAUGGCGGGUGGCCCUCUCAGUCGCGAGAGAGAACACGAUCGAGACAGACGAGAAGGUAUUCUGCAAAAGAUCGGCGCCGAGGCCGAAGUCGGUGGGUUCUUGCAUACCUUGCUCUACCCGAUUGACGGGGAAGGCCUAAAUUUCGGAAGACAAGGCCGCUUCGAUCUAGGGACAACUCUUGCUAGCAGCAGAGCUUGGUAUCAGCUCUCAAUCCAUCCCACAGACGACUCGCCCAGCGCUUUGGCUGCUCUAUCCUCUGCCACCUCGGCAUGGUCCGCCGGCACCGUCUCACGACAAUUGCGGGCUUGGAGGCUUCCAGAAUGGGCGAAUCAUCGCAAUAGGCACCUCGAUUUCACCGCCGAUUUCGAUGUCGAAGAGUUUGUCACCAGAUAUUCCCGGCUCGGUUGCAAAGAUGGCAAAGACGGAGUGGAGAGCUUUUUGCUCGAGCGUGGUUGGACAAAUGGCGAAGUUGUCCUUGGCCGCGAGCGCAUCUGGAUGCGAGAAUCAGCUUGGUGGGAAGCUGAAACGAUGUUGGAUAUGAAGCCCACGCUACCAGGCUAUGCCGACGACCCUGCGUUCGGCCAGCCCUCUAACCCUUUCUUGUCCAGUUACUCUGGUCAUGCACCCAACAAUGGCAGUGGUUUCUUCCCUCCCAUGGGCGACAACUUGAGUGUACAGGACAGCCGCGAAAACCUGCUUGCUCAAGCUGGCGCCGGCCGUGCCAAAUCCAUUGCACCAACCAUGGCCCGGACAGUUCAGACGAUUGGUGGUGACUAUGGCCUUGGUCCGAAAGGCGAUGAUCACAGAGACACCGCAUACUACGAUGAAAUGGGACGUUAUACCGGCGAAUUGGACCCAGAGUUUGGUGACCCUCGAAACAUUGAGUCUAAGAAGACCUCGGCGGGCCGGCAAGCCUGGGUAUCAGUGGUUUGGGCCUUGACAUGGUUCAUUCCGUCCGUCUUUCUGAGAUAUAUCGGUCGGAUGAAACGACCAGAUGUUCGCAUGGCGUGGCGUGAGAAGUUAGUGCUCGUGUUUCUGAUCUUUUUGCUCAACGCAGCCAUUGUCUUCUAUAUCGUCGAGUUCGGACGACUCCUGUGCCCAAAUUUCGACAAGGCAUGGAAUGCCAAAGAGGUUGGUUAUCAUCAAGGCACAAACGACUACUACGUCAGCAUUCGAGGAGGCGUCUACGACAUGACCCGUUUCUAUAAAACCCAGCAUAGCGACACCAGCAUCAAGACUACUGCGGACAACAUGUUACCUUUUGCUGGCCUUAACCUCGAUGCCUAUUUCCCUCCACCCUUGAGUCGUGCUUGCCCAGGACUCGACGUCGACGAGAGCGUCCUGCUGCAGCAUAAUAACACUGACGCUGUUCUCUAUCCAAAUGCUGUACACACCUCUGGGCCCCGUUACCAAACGGACCAGAGCUCGAAAUUGUACAGCUGGAACUGGUACGCCGACACUUUCUUGCCCAAAAUCAAGGAUUAUUACAAGGGCGACUUGGUGGUCACCAGAGGCAGCGUCAAGAAUCAGGCAGACAACAGCCAAAGGAUGUGGGUCAUCAUUGACAAAAAGAUAUACGACCUCACUGACUACUUCUACACCCUGGACCUCAUGAACAACUAUGGUACUUACAAGUUCUUUCCGGAUGAAGUCACUGAACUUUUCACCAAUAACCCCGGCUCUGAUAUCACCGAUAAAUGGGGUACGACUGCCACUUUCGCCAACAGUCUCAACUGCAUGAACAACGCCUUCUAUGUCGGCAAGGUGGACUUCCGGCAAUCAGCUAAAUGUCAAGUCAACAACUACAUCUUGCUGGCCUUCACCAUCCUCCUGUGUACUGUUAUUUUGGUCAAAUUCUUGGCUGCGCUGCAAUUUGGAUCUAAGCGCCGGCCAGCAGCACAAGACAAGUUCGUCAUCUGCCAAGUCCCUGCUUAUACCGAGGGCGAAGAUCAUCUCCGAAAGUCCCUCGAUUCGCUCACGGCGCUUCAAUAUGACAACAAGAGAAAGUUGAUCUGUGUUAUCUGCGAUGGUAUGAUUGUGGGUGGUGGCAACGACAGACCUACCCCUAAGAUCGUCCUCGACAUUCUGGGUGUCGAUCCGAAAAUCGAUCCACCUGCACUACCUUUCAGAUCAGUUGGCAACGGGAACGAACAGCUCAAUUAUGGCAAAGUCUACUCUGGCUUGUACGAGUACGAGGGCAACGUUGUCCCAUAUCUGGUAGUCGUCAAAGUUGGAAAAGAAUCCGAGCAGACAAAAUCCAAGCCUGGCAACCGUGGCAAGCGAGACUCUCAAAUCUUGCUGAUGCAAUUCUUGAAUCGUGUCCACCACCGGUCAGCAAUGUCGCCCUUGGAGCUGGAAAUGUUCCACCAAAUCAACAACAUUAUCGGGGUGGAUCCGGAAUUGUACGAGUAUCUUUUCAUGGUCGACGCUGACACCAUGGUGAAAGAGGAUUCUCUGAAUCGUCUGGUAGCUGCCUGCGCCAACAACGCAAAGAUUGCCGGUAUCUGUGGUGAAACUAGCCUGGAAAAUGAGGAUCGAAGCUGGUGGACCAUGAUUCAAGUAUACGAGUACUACAUCUCCCAUCAUCUUGCCAAAGCUUUCGAGUCACUCUUUGGCAGCGUCACCUGCUUGCCUGGAUGUUUCUGUAUGUACCGCCUUCGAACAGCUGACAAGGGCCGACCCUUGAUCAUCUCCGACAAGGUGAUCCAGGAAUACGCGGACUGCGAUGUCGACACUCUCCACAAGAAGAACUUGUUGUCGCUCGGUGAAGAUCGAUAUCUUACGACUCUGAUGAUGAAGCAUUUCCCUGCUAUGUCGUAUAAAUUCGUCCCAGAUGCGUACGCCCAGACCGCCGCUCCCGAGACUUGGUCUGUCUUGCUUUCACAAAGACGACGAUGGAUCAAUUCGACAAUCCACAAUCUUGCAGAGCUUGUUUGGUUGCAGGAUCUCUGCGGAUUCUGCUGCUUCUCAAUGAGAUUCGUCGUCUUCAUCGACUUGUUUGGUACCAUACAGCUUCCGGCAACGACUGUUUACCUUGGCUACCUCAUCUACAAAGUGGCAGCCCACCAAGGUCAAUUUCCUCUCAUAUCGAUAGUGAUGAUUGCGUCCGUGUACGGUCUACAGGCAAUCAUUUUCAUCCUGAAGAGACAGUGGCAACACGUGGGCUGGAUGCUUAUUUACCUCAUUGCUUUCCCCAUCUACAGUUUUGUCUUGCCCAUCUAUUCGUUUUGGAAUCAGGACAAUUUCUCGUGGGGUAACACCAGAAUCGUGAUUGGCGAGAAAGGAGAUAAAAAGGUUGUUGCAAUUCAAGACGAGGGCUUUGACCCAAGAUCAAUACCUUUACAGAGAUGGGACGACUACGCCGCGAUCAACAACUUACCUGGACGACGUGGCAACAGUGGCAGCUAUAAAGAAAAGGGUUUCGAGGCUGGCUAUACCGACGAUCCGGGAAUGAUGGAGAUGGACGAUAUGCACUCUACAUAUUCGUCCGUGAAGCCUGCCAGUACCAUUCUCGCAGGCUUUCCCCAGCAGCAGCAUCCUUACAUGGCACCUCCUCGCUCACCGGCUCCGUUUGGCAUGAAUAACCGUGCUAGCACCAUGACCGGGCUGACUCAAUUCAAGGAUCAGCCUGUCAGUAUGCAUGGCCGAAACAUGAGCAUGAUGAGUCUGGGAAGCCAAGCACGUCUCAAGUCGCCUUCACCAAAUCCAUAUCCAGACUAUUCCCGAAGUCCAUACCAAAGUGGGUACGGCAUGCAGAACUCGGCCAGUCGACCUAGUCUGCUUGGUAUGGGAGCCAGUCGACCAACAUCCACUGUCAUGGAUUUCCGGACCGUCCCCUCAGCAGGGCCAAGUGAUUACGAAAUGGUCGAGGCUAUUCGUGCGGUGUUGAGCGAGGUCGAUCUGGACACGGUGACGAAGAAACAGGUCCGGGCCCUUGUGGAACAGAGACUACAGUGCGAAGUCCCCGUUGGUGAAAGAAGACAAUUUUUGGACAAGGCCAUUGACAGUGAGUUGGCCAACAUGUAGGAUAUGAGAGCUGCAAAGUGUUCGAGUUUGUGCAUACACGUCGGGCACUGGAUUUGGCGUCGAUUUUGUGGGCAAUGAUAUUAGCGAUUGUAGACGACGCGCAUCGGAUGGGGCUGGCAAAAAAUGGUACACCAUCUGGGACAACGUACAUUGCUCUGGCAGGCAAAAGGCAUGUUGCUACCAUUUUCCGGGACACUUUUCAAGGGAUGUCCUCAAUAUUAUCAAAGGUGAAUCGAUUGUUGGCAUAUUUAAUGGCUUGAGCCGAGACAUGAAUGACAAUGAGUUCAAUGAAGCUCACCUCGACGGCAUUCCUCAUUGCCUUUCAAU